AUGGCCAAGAUCAAGGCACGGGACAUUCGCGGCAAGAAGGAGGAGCUGCUGAAACAGCUGGACGACCUGAAGGUGGAGUUGUCCCAGCUACAAGUCGCCAAAGUGACUGGCGGUGUGGUGUCCAAGCUCUCUAAAAUCCGAGUUGUCCGUAAAUCCAUUGCCCGGGUUUUAACUGUCAUCAAACAGACUCAGAAGGAGAACCUCAGGAAGUUCUACAAGGGUAAGAAGUACACACCCCUGGAUCUGCGGCCCAUGCGCCGCAGAUUCAACAAGCACGAGGAGAACCUGAAGACCAAGAAACAGCAGCGGAAGGAGCGUCUGUACCCACUACGGAAGUAUGCGGUCAAGGCCUGA